AAAUGCGCAUGCGCCCUGCCUUGAGCUUGGGCGUUUUGUAGUAGAGGAGCAUCUCCUUCCCCAGAUGGAUAAACAUUUAAGGAGCAAUCUGAAACUCAGUUUACAAAGAAGAUAGAGGUAGUGAUAAUAGGUAAAAGUCUUUUCGUUUUGACAGAAUGUCCAGCAAGGAAGUAAAGACUGCUCUGAAAAGUGCUAGAGAUGCGAUCAGAAACAAAGAAUACAAGGAAGCUUUGAAACAUUGUAAGACAGUGUUAAAACAAGAGAAGAAUAACUAUAAUGCCUGGGUUUUUAUUGGCGUUGCUGCAGCCGAGCUAGAACAGCCUGAUCAGGCCCAGGGUGCCUACAAGAAAGCUGCUGAAUUAGAGCCAGACCAGCUACUAGCUUGGCAGGGGUUAGCAAGUUUGUAUGAGAAAUGUAAUCACAUCAAUGCUAAGGAUGACUUACCUGGUGUUUACCAAAAGCUCCUGGAUCUGUAUGAAAGUGUUGACAAACAGAAGUGGUGUGAUGUCUGUAAGAAACUGGUGGAUCUGUAUUACCAAGAAAAGAAACACGUAGAGGUGGCCCGGACAUGGCACAAAUUGAUAAAGACACGACAGGAAGAAGGUGCAGACAGCCAGGAGCUUCAUCAGCUGUGGAGGAAGUUGACUCAGUUGCUGGCUGGGUGCACUGAGGAUCAGAAUAAUGAGACCCAGCAAUUGCUUUUAGCUGCCUUUGAGAAUGCACUGGGCUUAUCAGAUAAGAUUCCUAGUGAAGAUCACCAAGUGCUUUAUAAACAUUUCAUUCAGUGUUUAUCCAAAUUUCCUCAUGAGGCUGCUAGGUUGAAGAAAGCCUGUGAAGGAAUGAUCAACGUCUAUCCCACUGUGCAGUAUCCAUUGGAAGUGCUUUGUUUACAUUUAAUUGAAUCAGGAAGUCUUACUGACGAGGGAGAACAGUAUUGUUGUAGACUAGUGGAAAUGGAUCCCCAAAGUGGUGCAGGUCUCAUAGGUUUAGGCAUUAAAGCAUUACAAGACAAAAAGUACGAAGAUGCUGUUAGGUACUUAACAGAAGGGAUAAAGGAAAGCCCUCUCUGCACAGCUGGAUGGUAUCAUCUGGCAGAAACCCAAGUCAGAAUGCAUAAACCUAAGGAAGCUGUUCUUUCGUGCAAUCAAGCUCUGAAGAAUAUAGAUAACCUUGGUGUGUCUGGUGGCAGACUGCAUCAGAAGAAUCUUUGUCUUCGUUUGAAAGCAGAGGCUUUGAUUAAACUCUCAGAUUAUGAAUCUUCAGAGGAAGCAAUUCGUACUCUUGAUCAGGUUUCUGAUGCAAAUAAUAUCCCAGGACUUUUGGUUCUCAAAGGUUUGGCCUAUCUGAACAAGGGCUCAUUAGAUGAAGCUUCAAAGAUUAUGGAAGACCUCUCUUCUUACCCUGACCUAACUGAAGCUCAUGCCCUGGAGGCUUUGAUUCAUUUUACCAAAAAGGACUAUCUACAAGCAGAAAAAUGUUUUCAGCGAGCUCUUGAGAAAGAUGCUGAAGUUGCUGAAUAUCAUUACCAACUUGGGUUAACAUAUUGGUCCAUGGGUGAAGAAACAAGAAAAGAUAAAACAAAGGCUCUUACCCACUUUUUGAAGGCUGCCAAACUGGAUACAUACAUGGGCAAAGUUUUCUGCUAUUUAGGUCAUUAUUACAAAGAUGUAGUAGGUGAUAAAAAUAGAGCCCGUGGAUGUUACAGGAAAGCUUUUGAAUUAGAUGACACCGAUGCUGAAUCUGGAGCUGCAGCAGUUGACUUAAGUGUUGAGCUUGAAGAGAUGGAAACUGCCUUAGCUAUCCUGACAACAGUCACUCAAAAGGCAAGUGCUGGGACGGCAAAGUGGGCCUGGCUUAGGCGAGGCCUAUACUAUCUGAAAGCUGGUCAGCAUUCCCAAGCAGUGGCUGAUUUACAGGCAGCAUUAAGGGCAGACCCGAAGGACUUCAAUUGCUGGGAGUCAUUAGGAGAGGCAUAUCUAAGCAGAGGUGGCUAUACAACAGCCUUGAAAUCCUUCACAAAAGCCAGUGAGCUGAACCCAGAGUCCAUCUACAGUGUGUUUAAAGUGGCGGCAAUACAGCAAACCCUUGGCAAAUAUAAGGAGGCGGUAGCUCAGUACCAGCUGAUCAUUAACAAGAAAGAAGAUUAUGUGCCUGCUCUGAAAGGUUUGGGUGAAUGCCACCUCCUGUUGGCAAAAGCAGCUCUAGUUGAUUAUCUUGAUGGGAAAGCUGUAGACUGCGUAGAGAAAGCACUGGAAUAUUUUACUCGGGCUCUGCAACAUCGAGCUGAUGUGUCUUGCCUUUGGAAGCUAGUUGGGGACGCUUGUACCAGUCUGUCUGCUGUCUCACCAUCUAAAGUGAAUGUCAGUGUCUUAGGAGUCCUUCUAGGUCAGAAAGAAGGAAAACAAGUAUUAAAGAAAAAUGAGCUCCUCCAUCUUGGAGGAAGAUGUUACGGUCGUGCAUUAAAACUGAUGUCUACAUCUAAUACAUGGUGUGACCUUGGAAUUAAUUAUUAUCGCCAAGCACAACAUCUAGCAGACACAGGCAGCAACUCAGAUGACCUUCAAGAGUUGUUGGAGAAAUCUAUGCAUUGUCUAAAAAAAGCUGUGAGACUUGACAGUAAUAAUCACUUAUACUGGAAUGCUCUUGGUGUAGUUUCAUGUUACAGUGGUAUUGGAAAUUAUGCCCUUGCUCAGCACUGUUUCAUCAAAUCAAUCCAGUCAGAACAAAUUAAUGCAGUUGCAUGGACCAACUUGGGAGUGUUAUACCUUGCAAAUGAAAAAAUUGAGCAAGCUCAUGAAGCUUUCAAAAUGGCUCAAUCCCUUGAUCCAUCUUAUUUAAUGUGCUGGAUUGGACAAGCUCUAAUUGCAGAGACAGUGGGAAGUUAUGACACCAUGGAUCUCUUCAGGCACACUACAGAACUCAGUAUGCAUACUGAGGGAGCAAUAGGUUAUGCGCAUUGGGUCUGCACAACACUGCAAGAUAAGAGCAACAGAGACACGGAGCUCUACCGGUACAACAUCCUCCAGAUGAAUGCCGUUCCAGCAGCACAAGUGGUCUUGAGCAAAUACGUGGAGAGAAUUCAGAAUUAUGCUCCAGCUUUCACAAUGUUGGGUUACUUAAAUGAACAUCUGCAACUGAAGAAGGAAGCAGCAAAUGCGUAUCAAAGGGCAAUUUUGUUGUUACAGACUGCAGAAGACCGAGAUGCUUAUAAUGUUACAGUAAGAAAUUAUGGCAGAUUGUUAUGUUCCAUUGGUGAAUAUGAUAAAGCUAUCCAGGCUUUUAAGUCAACACCCCUUGAGGAUUUAGAAGACAUCAUAGGUUUCGCAUUAGCUUUGUUUAUGAAGGGUGUGUACAAGGAGAGCAGCAAAGCGUAUGAGAGAGCCUUGGCAAUUGUUGAAUCAGAGCAAGACAAAGCUCAUAUCCUGACAGCUCUGGCAAUAGUGGAAUAUAAACAAGGAAAAAUGGAUGUAGCCAAGACAUUGCUGUUCAAAUGCUCUAUCUUAAAGGAACCAACAGUGGAAAGCCUUCAAGCCCUGUGUGCUCUGGGAUUGGCAAUGCAGGAUGCUACACUGUCAAAAGCUGCACUUAACGAGCUAGUGAAGCACAGCAAACAGAACAGUGAUUAUCAGAGGAGCCUUCUUACUUCAGCCAUCUGUGCCCUGCAAGGCCGCAGCGUGGCAGUGCAGAGACAAGCAUCCAGAGCUGUUCACAGUAACCCAGCUGAUCCUGCUCUUUGGUCCCUGUUGUCCCGAGUGGUUGCCCAGUAUACUCAGCGAAAUGCAAAGGGAGGUGCAGUGGCAGGAAAUGUGGCUCAUAUUCUGGACUCAAAUCAUGGAAAGAAGGCAUUACUGUACACUGCAGUAAAUCAGUUGGCAAUGGGAAGCAAUUCAGCAGAAGAUGAGAAAAAUACUGCACUAAAGACCAUUCAGAAGGCAGCUCUCCUUUCUCCAGGUGAUCCUGCUGUCUGGGCUGGACUGAUGGCAGCUUGUCAUGCCGAUGAUAUACUGGCCCUGGUGAGCAGCACUCAGCCAAAGAGGAUGGAUUUAUACUUGGCACUGUUAUCUGCUGUUUCUGCUUCAAUUAAAGACAAAGGACUCUAUGAAAAUUACAACCAGUCUCUUGAAAGGUGGUCUCUCUCUCAAGCUGUCACUGGUCUAAUAGACACAGGAAGAAUAUCUGAAGCUGAAGCCCUUUGCACAAAGAAUUUAAAAAGUAACCCUGAUCUACCAGCUGUUAUCUUACUCUUGAGACAAGUUCAAUGUAAACCACUCCUGGAGUCACGAAAACCUCUCCCAGAUGCUGUACUUGAAGAGCUGCAAAAAACAGUCAUGUCCAACUCAACCUCUGUUCCAGCUUGGCAGUGGCUGGCACACAUAUAUCAGUCCCAGGGAAUGAUGGGCGCUGCAGAGAUGUGCUACAGGAAGAGUCUGCAAGUAGCAUCCCAGCAGGGCAGCUGGAGCGGGAAGCUCUCGAGCCUGUUGAGGCUAGCACUGCUUGCGCUGGAAGUCUACAUGGCUAAUGUUUCCAGUGAUCACUGGCCAUCCUUGGUUCAAGAAGCUACAGCUGAGGCCCUGAAACUUUGCUUUUGUCCACUUGCUGUCCUUUUACAAGCUUUGUUACAAUUCAAACGCAAAAUGGGAGCAAGAGAGACACGGCGACUUUUGGAGAGAGUUGUGUAUCAGCCUGGGUAUCCCAAAUCUAUUGUUUCAACAGCACGUUGGUACCUUCUGAGACACUUACAUGCCAGAAAUGACUACGAGCUCAUUGAUGUGCUGGUAAACAAUGCCAAAACUCACGGAGAUGCAAGAGCGUUGGAACUGAAUCAGAAAUUGUCCUCACAAUAACAGUGCUUUAUUUUAUAGUAAGCAGGCAAAGAAAAAGCUAUUAGAAAUAAAGAAAGAAAGAAUCAAGACUUUCCCCCAAAGCAACAGUUUAAAAAGCUAUAGUUACAAUCAUCCAUUUCUUUUUAAAAUCUAAAGAUGUUUAAGUUCUUAAGCUAGGGAUGUAAUUUUCCAUAAACUCUUAAUAUAACUUUAAUUUGAAAACAUUUUUGAUUUUGAGACGUCUAUAAUGAAAGGAAAAACCAUGAUUCCCUUAGUAGUUCGUUAGUUAUUUGUGAAUCAUUAUUUUCUGUGUCUUGCAUGGUGCACAAUAGGACUUUUUUUUUUGUAAUCCCUUACAAUAAAGCUUUAAUAGCCAUUUGCUAAAUUAUAUGCAAAGUGAGAUUAGCACAGUGCAGAGUUUUAUUUGUUAAAAAACAAAUUAAAAGUUUUAAUUCCUUCUGUGAAUUCUAGAGUUCAGCAGACCAAUUCAUCCAAUAUCCAGAUAAUCUUAUCAUCUGUUUUACUAGUGGUUCAUCUUGGAUUCUGUUGAAGAAGCAUAAUAUAAAUGUUAGGUGAGUCCUGGACUGCUAAUUGGGCUUCCUUGGUUGCUCAGACAGUAAAGAAUCCGCCUGCAGUGUGGGAGACCCAGGGGAUCACCCCGGGUUGGGAAGAUCCCCUAGAGGAGGGCAUGGCCGCCCACUCCGGUACUCUUGCCUGGAGAACCUCCCUAGACAGAGGAGCCUGGUGGGCUACAGUCCCUGGGGUUGCAAAGAGUUGGACACGACUGAGUGACUGAGCACAGCGCAGACUGCUAAUGGAUAUGUCUAUAGAAUUCAAAACUCUCAAGUGUAAGGCUGCAUUUAAAAAGUGAGUGAAAAUUUUUCAAAAACAAUGCUGACAAUAUUUAAUCGAUCAUGUAAUUCCUUCAUUUAUGCUAAAAAGAUGAACUUUUCUUAAAUAAAAACAAAAAUGGUGUCUUGUUUUCUUUACAGUAUCAAUUCAGAUAUAAUUUCAGAAUUCCAAAUUUGGAGACUUGAAAGUACAGUUUCCUAUUUUAUUUUUUCAAAAAGCCAUUUAUAUUAAUUUGAAGAAGCUGUAUGUCACUUGCUUUGGAUCUGUGGUUUUAAAGUGUUUCAUCUAUUUACAUGAAUUAUUUAUUGUGUGAAAAUGGGUGGUAUAAUUUAUAUAUGUAGCUUUUCUAAAUCAUCAGCUUCACAGUGUUACUUUGUAAGAUAGUACAAAUUGAUAAUAUUCUGUAAUUAAAUUUUACUCCACAGGUUAAUCUAUUGAAUGCCUAUAUUUGGCUGAAUAUUAUCAUCACUGAGACCUAUUCAAUCUGAAUCUUUAACGAUGGAGGCUAGGACUCUGCAUUUUAAAGGCAUGCCUAAGACAUUCUAAUCUUGGGCCAUUGAUGCUCGUGAACCACUGACUUAAUGCAACGAUGAUCCUGCCCUUUACUUCUUUCUUUCACAAGACCAAGCACUUGCUGUUCUCUGCCGAUGUCUUCCUGUCCUCACAGCUGUGAAACCGAUUCGUCCUUUUAACAGCCUGGUCCUCAGGUUUGGCAAGGCUGUGCUAGAGAGGCUGCCCACACAGCCCCAAUGCUGGGCACAUUAGCCUUCACCCCCACAGUGGACUCAUCUGUCUGCUUACACAUUUACGAGUCAGUUCUUUUUUUUUUUCUUUUAAUUAGAAGCUAAUUACUUUACAAUAUUGUAGUGGUUUUGCCAUACACUAACAUGAAUCAGCCACGGGUGUACAUGUGUCCCCAUCCUGAACCCUCCUCCCACCUCCCUCCCCAUCCCAUCCCUCUGGGUCAUCCCAGUGCACCAGCCCUGAGCACCCUGUCUCAUGCAUCGAACCUGGACUAGUCAUCUAUUUCACGUAUGAUAAUACACAUGUUUCAAUGGUAUUCUCUCAGAUCAUCCCACCCUCACCUUCUCCCACAGAGUCCAAAAGUCUGUUCUUUACACCUGUGUCUCUUGUGCUGUCUUGCAUAUAGGGUCAUUGUUACCAUCCUUCUAAAUUCCAUAUAUAUGUGUUAAUAUACUAUAUUGGUGUUUUUCUUUCUGACUUACUUCACCUGUAAAAUAGGCUCCAGUUUCAUCCACCUCGUUAGAACUGAUUCAAAUGCAUUCUUUUUAAUAGCUGAGUAAUACUCCAUUGUGUGUAUGUACCACAGCUUUCUUAUCCAUUCAUCUGCCGAUGGACAUCUAGGUUGCUGCCAUGUCCUGGCUAUUGUAAACAGCGUGAAGACAUACAGAUGGCUAACAAACACAUGAAAAGAUGCUCAACAUCACUCAUUAUCAGAGAAAGGCAAAUCAAAACCACAGUGAGGUACCAUCUCACGCCGGUCAGAAUGACUGCUAUUAAAAAGUCUACAAGCAAUAAAUGCUGGAGAGGGUGUGGAGAAAAGGGAGCCCUCUUACACUGUUGGUGGGAAUGCAAACUAGUGCAGCCACUAUGGAGAACAGUGUGGAGAUUCCUUAAAAAGCUUGAAAUAGAAUGGCCAUAUGACCCAGCAAUCCCACUCCUCAGCAUACACACCGAGGAAACCAGAAUUGAAAGAGAUGCAUGUACCCCAGUGUUCACUGCAGCACUGUUUACAAGUCAGUUCUUGUUUUCCACUUGCUUUCUGGGCUGGUGCUGCUUCACAAAGUCACUUUCACCUACAGGGUGGACUUGGCUAACUUUUGCUCCAAGCCUAUAAGCAAGGAGUGACCUUUUGACUCCAUUGCCUAGUUCUGGCCUCCAGGAACUUCAAGCCCAGAUUUUUUAGAAAAUAAGGUUAGAAAGUACUGUAGUUAAUACUAUCUCAGGUAAUUCUCUCUCUCUCUCUUUUUUUGCAUAGCUGUAUAUUCAUCCUCUCUAUUUGUUGCCUUCUCUUCAGAUAGCUCCCCAGUUACUGUGAGACUCAAAUAAUUCCUAACCAUAUAAUUUAUAGAACUAACUUUAUGCCAGACCUGUGUGAAGUGUUUUAAACAUUGUUAUUUAAUCCAAGUUGGUAAAGAAGAGUGAUGCUAAACAGCAUACUUAAAGCAGAAAAAAUAUGAGGUAAUCAGUGUUACCUGAUUUGAAGAAGUGGCUGAAAUUUAUUUUCAGAGUUUAUUUGUAAGUUUAAUUAGAGUACAUUAAAAACUAUUUCCUGACAUAUCAAUAUUUAGCAUUCAUAGUAAGUGUUUCAUUAUUUUUAUCUCUUUGAGAAGUAUAGUGCAUUUUCUGUGAAUUUUUAUUUACCAUUUGCUGCUAUUAACUAUUAUUAGUCAACUUGAUUAAUAAUUAUUAAUUAUUAUUGAUUAGAUGCAUAUAGGCUAGCUUGGCAUCUGAUAGUCGUUUCCAGUUGGAAAGUCAUUUUAGCUUAUGAGUAAACUUUUGGAGCACAGUCUGUUUGGGAUCACUUGUCCUAUUUCUUAAAGUGCCCCUUGUGUUAAUUUCUGGUCAGGAUUAAAAAAACAACCUUAGUUUUAAAUUACUCUGCUCUUUUUUCACUUUACAAAAUGAGUUGACAAGCUUCAUGUAAUCUGGGACUCUACACAAAACAGGAUUGGUCAAAAAUAUUCAUGUUGCAUAUUACAGGAAUUAAUAGAUGUGGUUAUAUAAACUGGUAUGAAACUUUAGUUAGGUAAAUAUUUAGUAGUAAGUCAUAUACAACUAUGAAAAGAUACACAUAUUUGGUUUCUCCACAGAAAAUUAGUUAUCUGCUUCAGGGAAGUUUUAUAGGAAAACAAAAAUGAAGCAUAUUUUAUUUAUGAAUCAGUGUGUCUUGCAGAUUCAUUUUAAUUUUUGUGCAUUAAAAAAUGUAGAAACUUUGUUUUGGCAAAGUUGACCCUUGUCUCUGGACAGGUCUUCCUUUUUCCCACUUUAGUUUUGUUGGAUAGAAAACUUCUCAGGCUCCAAAACUGCUUGUUAUAAGACAUAGCAUUUAGCUGCAGAUUAUAAACUGACCUUCAAUUUGCAGGAGAGGUUUUUUGUUUUGCCUUUGUUUUUUUACUUUGGAAAGAUAAAUUUGUGUAUCAGAUACAGGCACAGUGAUCUUUUCAUUUUAAGUGAUAUAUAUUUAUUUUACAUGCUCUGCUCAGUCCUCUUUGUGACCCUGCGGACUGUAGCCCGCUAGGCUCCUCUGUCUGUGGAAUUUUCCAGGCAAGAAUACUGAAGUGGGUAGCCAUUCUCUUCCCCAGGGAAUCUUCCCGACCCAGGGAUCAAGCGCGUGUCUCCUGCGUCUCCUGCGUUGGCAAGUGGGUUCUUCACUACCGAGCCACCUGGUACUUUUUAUACAGAUAAACUAGAAAGUCCAUAAAGAAGGCUGAGCACCAAAGAAUUGAUGCUUUCAAACUGUUGUGUUGGACUGCAAGGAGAUCCAACCAGUCCAUCCUAAAGGAAAUCCAUCCUGAAUAUUCGUUGGAAGGACUGAUGCUGAAGCUGAAGCUUCAAUAUUUUAGCCACCUGAUGUAAAGAGCUGUUUCAUUAGAAAAGACCCUGAUGCUGGGAAAGAUUGAAGAGAAGAGGAGAAGGGGAUGACAGAGAAUGAGACAGUUGGAUGGCAUCACUGACUUGGUGGACAUGAGUUUGAGUAAACUCGGGAGAUGGUGAAGGACAGGGAGGCCUGCAUGCUGCAGUCCAUGGGGUCGCAAAGAGUCGGACACGACUGAGUGACUGGACAACAGCAAUGAAAGUAAAAAGUCAGAAAAUACCUUUAUUUACAGUAUGCACAUAACUUCUGGUUUGGAAUAUGUAAUCACUUAGAUCUGUGGGACCUAAAGACCAUUCAUACUGUCUAGCUGUCUGCAUACUAUAUAAUAAUUGGUUUUUCCUCUCUUUGGAUGAUUAGGAACUUUUUGAAUAACUUUAUUUUAAAUUCUGAUUACCUGAACAAAUACCUUAUACAACUCUCAUUUUUUUAUAAAUGCUAUUUUUAAAUUUCACAAUGUUUUGAAGAAAUUUAGAAUUUGUUUAACAGUGUUAUGAAAUAGUUAAAACUUUUUUUCUUGUAUUUUGAACUUAGAAUUGAAAUACCUGUUUAUUUUAAUGAAGAGAAAUGAUGCCAGGAAAGGGAUCAUUGAAACUGGAGUGUCCACUGAAAAAAAGGUGUUGGAUUGCAUACAAUAUCCCUGGACUGUUGAAAUAAUUUGUUAUGUCAUGAUCAUGAGUUUGAAUAGGUACACAGGUUCAUUUGGGCUUCAUGCUUUACCACAUACUUUCCCUAUAUAUAAUCUAUGACAGAAAUCCUUAAGUUAUAUUUAUUCUGGAGAGAAGUAAUGGAAAAAUGCUUAUCUUGUUAUUUCUGUUUGUGGCAGCAGAAUAAGGUGUCCGUGUCCCAACCCCUGAAAUUUGUGACUACGUUGCAGAUGUGACUUAAGGUUUUGGACCCUGAGGUGGGGAGAUUAUCCUAGAUUGUCUGGGUGAUUCCAGUUUACUCACAGGAAUUUUUAAAAGUAGAGAGCCUGUCAGAGAGACGUGCCAGCGGGAGGUCAGAGAGAUUCGGUAUUGCUGCUGUGAAGAUGGAAGAAGGGGCCCCUCGCCACUCCAGGAACUGGGGAAGGCAGGACACGCCAUCUGCCAAGUUCCCGAAAGGGAUGCGGCCCGGCUGAUACUUUGAUCGUAGCCUGGUGAGACCCAUGAUGGACUUCUGACUUACAAAACUGUAAGAUAAUAAACUUAGGUUUUUCAGUCGCCAAGUUUGUGGUAGUUUGUUAGGGCAGCAGUAGAAAAUCAGUACAUGGCUCACUGUGAUUGCUGUUAAAAUGAAUACUCCUACCUUUGAGUUGGAAUUUCACCAGAUCACUGCUGUUGAGGAUCAUCAUCUACAUUGCUGCCAAAAGGGGGGGUCAUCAGAUACAAGAUAAUGAGUCAUUAAAAAUGGUUACUGUGAAUAGUACUUGA